CAAUUCAGUCUAGAUUACAUUUUUAGUGCACAAAGUUCGCCGAAAUGUUUAGCAAAAUCAUUAUCUUUGUUGUCCUUGCGGUUUUCGGAAGUUUGACUAGUGCCGGAGUGAUCGCUCCUUUUGCCUCUUCUUACAAUGCUCAUACAAUUAAUCAUGCAGUAGCUCAUCCAAUUGUGGCCCCUGCUGCUGCACCCUUAAUUGCUGCAGCUCCAGCAGCUCCUUUCGUGGCUUCAGCACCUAAUGUAGCCCCAUCACCGUAUGCAGCUCCAUCACCAUAUGUUGCUCCUACAUUUGCCAGGACUGCUUAUCCUUACUCCGCUUAUCCUUUGAAUCCAUAUUCUGUAAAUCCAUACAACUAUCCAAAUUACCCCUACGCUUUCUAAGCCACUAAUUAUUAGAUCCUGGCUUAGUUUUUUUUCUUAAAUAAUCUUGCUGACAGACUGACUGACGGACUUGAAAAGAAGUUUUAAAAGAACUUAAAAAAUCCUUUUGUAUGCAAAAAAAAAAAGAAUAAAUAAAAUAAUUGUUAAAUAAAA